GAACUACUCGCGGAAGUGACGUAACUCUACGUUUGUUCCUCCAAUCAGAGCUCGCAGCGCACGAUUUCGAACAUCAACGUCCCCUUCGGGAAUUACGCCAGAGAAGCAACUCACACAAAAUACACAACUUACGCACCAUCAGGGCUAAAGUAGCUGUUUAUUCAUCUUAUGAUAGUGGCAAAUAAGUGGGUAAGACGUACGCCGUGUUUUGGUGAAGCUCGGCGUAAUGUGGAGAUAAAGGUUAGCCCUUGAUCAGCUGACAGACUUUAACACUGGACUAGUUCGUGCGCAGCUCAGCCAUGGUUCGGGAGCGGGUGGUGCAGAAGAAGUCCUUCCAGCAGAGUCUGGACGACAUCAAGGACAAAAUGAAGGAAAAGAGAAACAAGCGUCUCGCCAGCGCUUUAGCUGCCAGCCGCGGCCUGUCAAAACUGAAGAACAAAAACACAGCUACAGUGAAGCCAUUUGUCCUGAAGAGCGUCCAGGUGAAUAACAAAGCUCUUGCAGUAGCCCUGCAGACAGAGAGGGAGAAGGUACGGCAAGCGCAGGGGGUCAUCCUGCAGCUCAAAAAAGAAAGGCAAGCGCUCAUCUUUCACCUGUUGAUGCUGAAGAGGACGCUUAAAGAUCGAAGACCUGCUGAAAGUGCCCAGGUUUCUCCUGUGGAGACGAGUCCACAAUGUCCACCUCAGCCCAUCAGUCCUAAACCAGUUCAUGUGGUUGAGAUGGGUAUCCCUGAUCAUCACUCAGCAGAACCACCUUUUACUGCAGAGGUUGUUCCAGGUUGUUGCAGUGACAGACAGGUUUCAUUGCCCCCCACAGUAGGAACAAGGCGAAAGAGACGCUCUGAGGUUGUGAGAAGGCGAAGCUCAUGUUUUGACUCUGGCACUGUUGAGAAAUGUGGCACAUUGGAUGUGAAAAGAGAAGAGACUAUUGAUAACAGACAAGAGGUGGGGACAAACACACCAUUGGAGGAGGUGUGCCAUGAACCGGAAGAGUUUAAUGAGGAACAAGCUGGACAGAAAACUGGGCUGAACUGUGAGUUCAACCUAGAGAUUUCUGAACUCCCAGCCGUUCAGCACUCGACGCCUGAGCCCCCCAAGCGGCCCACCAGACAGCCCAAGAAGAAACCUACCCAAGCUGCUUCCCGCCCCAAACCAGAGAGGGGACGCAAACCAGACCGAGCCCCGUUGAAGAAACCAUGGGAAAACCCCAAACCCCGUGCUCGCUCCAAGAGCCGGGACCGAUCUCAGAGUCGUGCUAGAGCAGCACUUCCACCUGCCGAUCGCCUUAACUCCUCAUUGGGUGGCAAUGACACCUUUGACUUUGACUGUGAAGAGGCCAUCCAUCUAACGCCUUUCAGAGCAGGAACCAAAGGCGUGGAGAAACCAUCACCUGAUGCUCCGGAUAAAGAGGACGAGGUCCUGCCCAGUCCUGUUGCCAUGGAGACCAACAACAGCCUCUCAGAAGAUGAACAGGAUGCAAAUGAUUCUCCUUACGUACCGAAGAGGAGAUCCAGAAGAGCUCGGAGUCCACUGCCCAGGCGGGCUCGCUCUAAAAGACGGUCUGCUCAAGAGGCCAGACAAAACAGAGGAACAGAAAAUACUAGCCAAAAGCAGCGCCAUGUUGAAAUACAGCAAACAGAAAAAAGUUGGCCUGAAACUGAAGAAAUUGGCCUGCAUCUCCACGAUGAUCUUGACCCAGGUCUUCUGCUCCCACAUUCACCAAUUUGUGUUCCUCCUGAGAAUCCCAGCCAAUCAGAACCAAGCCAAGAGAUCUGCCAAGCACCACCUUCUGUUGUUUCAGUGGAGUCUCCGAUCCCCAUUACUCCUGGUGGAGAGGCGGAGCUUAUGAUGAUUGACAGCCCAAUAUUUGAAUUUCCAAAGCACCCUUGUAGUUCAUCCGACCAGGAAAAUGAAAUGCCCUUGGUGAAUAGAUGCAGAAGAAAAGGUGGUCUGGUUGUUCGCUCCUUUCUGGGCUUGGGUUUGAGUGAUGUGACAAAUCUCUCCCCCGCAGCCUUUCAGAAGCCCAUGUCUGCUCAAAACACCCCUCAAAGCUCCAGUCGUAAGCGCCGCUGUACGAGUACGGUCAACUACAAGGAGCCCUCAAUCAACUCGAAACUUCGACGUGGCGACAAAUUUACAGACACCCGUUUCCUGCGUUCCCCCAUCUUCAAACAGAAACCCAGUUCCCGUCGGAGUUCACUUAAAAAGAUGGAAUUAUAUAAUGAGUCUUUUGUGGGUUGUCGCUGAAUAACUGAUGUGACUUAAUAGGCCUUUGUAACAUGAUUCAACUGCAUAGAAUUACAGUGCUGUCUGUCACUAAAUAUUUUACAUUUUUCCUUUAGAUUUUUAACUGUCUGUUACAUGAUUGAAUGUAAUUUUUUUUCAAUCUCAUGACUUCAUGAAUAUUAAUAAAGUCUGUUCUUUUAAUUAAUUGUUUAAUUGUUUGCAUUUACAAUUAGGCAAUUACACAAAAUAAACUGAAAACCAUUUUUAGUAGACUUAGCAUUUCAACAGAUUGGCUUCAGAGGAUUUUAAUUUCUCUAAAUUGUGUUAAGGCCAUUUUGUAAGUUUACAAUAGAGUACCAAGACACUUAAGUCAUAAAUAUAUAGUAUGAUCAUUUUAAAGCCUUUCAUUGAAGUUGACAUAGGCCAUAUGAUAUAUACAUCAACUCCUAAACAGCUGAGUGUAGGCAUGUCUGUAAGCUGUGUGGUACCAAUAAAGUAAAACAGCUGAAAUUGUUUCUCAUGUGUCUAAAUACUUUACAUGAAGCUGAAGUUACAAUUGUGAUUGAGACAGAUAGAAUCAGGACCAAAUUAAUAAAACGUUUGCAUAGAGGUAUACAGCUGACAUCAGAUAUUUUAAGGCUGGUCUAGUGCAAUAAGUACUUAAUCGUUUUGGCAACGCUUUUCAGUAAAGUAGAAUUGGUUUAACAUUAAGAAAUCUUUAUGAAUUAUGAUCAAAUUAACAGUUGUACUGCAUUCAUGGAAAAUGAACAUUACCCUAGAUUAGAAUGCUGUAAAAUUAUUGCUAGUUCAUGAGGCAACCAUAAGAUGCAGGCAUUAAGGUUUGGUUUAACUACAUUGUCAACAGUGAGUGCUACUUCUAAAUCUUAUUGUUCACAUUUCAUUAAUGAAUUUUUACAUUAAAUAUAUUAACAUUACUCAAUGCACUGUGAACUAACAUGAGCAUCAGUUUCGUUAGCAUCAAAAUAGUCUAAAAAUAUUGUUCAUUGUUAGCCAAUCCAUUAAGUAAUGUUAACAAAUGAGACCUUAUUGUAAUGUUUCCAUUCAUGAUACCUUAUACAUGCAUGUCACCAUUGUAUUCAUGUUGCACAUAGAUCUUAAAA